GGAUCAAGAUAUUGGUUCUGUGCUCACCCCUAUUACAAAACUGUUUUCAACCUUUCCGCAUUUCUUUCGUUCACUGUCCGCCGUCUGCAAUUCAGAUCCGACGCUCCCACACAGGCGGCACAGCCCUGAGGGCCUGACUUAGUGACUCCCUGAGCCCGCCGCAAUCCCUCAAACUCUCAAACCACUUCUCUGAUGGCAGCAAAAAGCACAAGGCCUACCCGAUUUUGAUGGCAGCUUCUGUGAAAGCUACCCACUUCCUGCAGCUAAAGAUUAACCAGUGCCAACAUCCCCUUUUCACCCACUCUCGAGAAAGGAUCAGGGUUUCUCCCAAACUACUGAGGCCAGCCAUGGCCGCUCUCAGCACCACCGCAGCUGCAGGCCUAUCCGAAACUUUCGUCAGACUCAAGCAACAAGGCAAAGUGGCAUUGAUUCCAUAUAUAACUGCUGGUGAUCCUGACCUAUCAGUAACUGCAGAAGCACUUAAAGUUCUUGAUUCUUGUGGUUCAGACAUAAUUGAGCUAGGAGUUCCUUAUUCUGAUCCUCUAGCUGAUGGCCCAGUUAUACAGGCUGCUGCUACUCGUUCACUGCAGAGAGGAACCAAUUUUGACAAAAUAAUCUCAAUGUUAAAAGACGUUGUUCCUCAAUUAUCCUGCCCAAUUUGCUUGUUCACCUAUUAUAACCCUAUUCUUAAGCGCGGGAUUGAAAAGUUCUUGGACACUGCUAAAGAUGCUGGAGUACAUGGGCUAGUGGUUCCGGAUGUCCCUCUUGAGGAAACUGAGAUUUUGAGAAAGGAAGCUUCUAAGAAAAAGAUUGAAUUGGUGUUGCUCACAACGCCAACCACCCCAACAGCUAGGAUGAAAACAAUCGUCGAAUCUUCUGAGGGGUUUGUGUACCUUGUAAGCUCAGUUGGAGUUACUGGAACUCGUGAAUCUGUUAGUAACGCGGUUCAGUCCCUUUUGAAGGAAAUUAAAGAGGCAACAUCCAAACCAGUAGCAGUUGGUUUCGGCAUAUCAAAACCCGAGCAUGUGAAGCAGGUCGCGGCAUGGGGAGCCGAUGGAGUAAUUGUUGGCAGCGCAAUGGUUAGGAUACUGGGCGAAGCCAAAUCGCCCGAAGAAGGACUCAAAGAGCUGAAAGUCUUCGCGACAUCCCUAAAAUCUGCACUUUCAUGAUUUUACUGCACCGGAUUGGUGGAAUCGAGCCAGGUUCUAUAGUUUGGUAAUAUAUGUUUUUAUAUUGACUAUUGCUGUGCCAAUUUUUAAACCAAGAUAACUGGGGUAAAAAAAGUACAGUAAUUAUUUUUACAGAGUAUUAUAUAUGGGUUAUAACCUAUGCACUCUGCUGUAUUGUGCACAAUAAAGAAACAUUGAUGCUUUGGUUAGAUACUCCAAGAGCAACAGUAUGGUGGUGGGAAAUUCUCCUAUCAUUUGGUGGUCCAUU